GGGAGGGAGGAGACGGGGGCGGCGGCCGGAGCGGCGCUGUGGGAGCCGGACGGGAAGAUGGCGGACCUGGAGGAGCAGCUCUCCGAUGAGGAGAAGGUGCGUAUAGCAGCAAAAUUCAUAAUUCAUGCUCCUCCUGGGGAAUUCAAUGAGGUAUUCAAUGAUGUUCGGUUGCUGCUUAAUAAUGACAAUCUUCUCAGGGAAGGAGCAGCCCAUGCAUUUGCACAGUACAACCUGGACCAGUUUACUCCAGUAAAAAUUGACGGUUACGAUGAACAGGUUUUGAUAACAGAACAUGGUGAUUUGGGAAAUGGAAAAUUUUUGGAUCCCAAGAACAAGAUUUCCUUCAAAUUUGAUCACUUAAGAAAGGAGGCUACUGAUCCUAGGCCCCAUGAAGUCGAAAAUGCCAUAGAGUCCUGGAGAAAUUCAGUUGAGACAGCAAUGAAAGCAUAUGUUAAAGAACACUAUCCAAAUGGUGUCUGCACGGUAUAUGGUAAAACAAUUGAUGGACAGCAGACUAUUAUUGCAUGCAUAGAGAGCCAUCAGUUCCAAGCAAAAAAUUUUUGGAACGGCCGUUGGAGGUCAGAAUGGAAGUUUACAAUCACUCCUUCAACCACUCAGGUGGCUGGCAUCUUGAAAAUUCAGGUUCACUAUUAUGAAGAUGGUAAUGUUCAGCUAGUGAGCCAUAAAGACAUACAGGAUUCUCUAACGGUGUCUAACGAAGCCCAGACAGCAAAGGAAUUUAUAAAAAUCGUAGAAGCUGCAGAAAAUGAGUAUCAGACUGCUAUCAGUGAGAAUUAUCAGACUAUGUCGGACACUACUUUCAAGGCCUUACGUCGACAAUUGCCAGUUACCCGCACCAAGAUUGACUGGAACAAGAUCCUUAGCUAUAAGAUUGGAAAAGAGAUGCAGAACGCUUAAAGUGAACGUUGCAUGACUGGAUCAUUUUAGUGUCCUUGUUAACAAAUAAAAAUUAUUACAAAAAGUAUUUGGAACUGUCGAAUCACCCAGUCAGCAUGGGCUUUUGCCAUUGAAAAUCACUGUAAGUAGUUUGGUUAGAGCACAAAGCUUAGCUAAUUGACCUUUUUUUCCCCUUUUUCUUUCUUUUUGGAGGGUUGCAACUUCAGUAUAGCUGAAUACCUUCCUUUACAGUUUCUGUUGUACCUUUAUUUUUUUAUAAUGAAGAGACCAUGCCUUUAGUUUUCAAUUACAAGUUAAGAACAGUUUGAAAAAUAUUUUUGCAUACAAUAGCCCUUUCUCUUGCUUUCAUGUGAAAUGGACAACUUCCAAAAUUUGCUGGAUUCCUACAAGAGAUCAUUAGUGUGCAUUGCUAGGUCAAGCUCACCUUGGAGUUAGCCAUAGAUGCUGUUGAAUUCAUCUAUCUUUUCAUUGUAUGUAAAACUGGGGAAAGCAUUUUCUAUAUUGUUUAAACCUGAAUACUUAUUUAGCUAGCUCCGUGUUAACUAAACUUUUUUUUUUUUUAAAAAAAAAAAAAAAGAAUUAAGAAAGGCCAAGGUCUAAUGCUGUUUUAAGAUUUUGAAAUUAAAUAAAAGUACUUAUUUCAGAAAUGCAUUCAAUACUUUGUUCCUGACAAUUACUUAAAUGAGCUCAGACUCCAUCUUCCCUUGAGUUUUUUAUCAUAAAGCCACAAAUGUAUUAUAACAAGGCAUAUUGUAAUAUAUAUAUAAUCCUGUACUCUUACCAUGUCUGUCAAUUUAUUUUUUUCUUGGAUUGAAAUGUACUAAAAUUCAAUGUGACAUUAAAAUGCAAAUUUUCUAUUUAUUUGAGUAUCAGAUCGCUUCCUGAUAAAGCCUAUUUUGUGGUGUUUAUAUAUAUUUUUUUGAAAUGCUACUUAAAGCAGGCAUAAACUUUUGGCCUGUUGGCUAUAAUUGCAUAUUCUCGGUGUUUGGAGAUUGUAGUAUCAUCAUCCACUAUUUCCAUCUAUAUUUAAGAAAUAUCUGCAUAUGGAAGUCUACUUAAAAUUUGUAGGUUAUAGCUUCAUAUUGGCAACAAGGAAUGGAAGAAACUACAAGACUUGAAACAAAUUUGUCUGGAGAAUACUUUCCCUGUCUGAUGCAUCUAAUAUUGAAAAUAGACUUCAAGUUUUUAAGAGCACAGACAAAAUUCUGUAUACAUAUAACUUUUAAUUGAAUGAAAACAUACUUUAAAAUGUGUUACCUAAUGAUAUGCCCAUGACGGUAAAUUAGAGAGCUUUUUUUGUAUUGAGAAGAUAGGUGUUUAUGCAGACUCCUAAAAUAGUGAAGCUGACACACAGGGUUUGCAUAUCUUUGUUUACACCAUGAGCCAAUUAAUCACCUUUAAUUGUAAUUAAAGCACAGCAAGAGAGAAUCUAGACUUGACUGAGCUAAAAAAUGUACACACAAAUAGUAUACUGUUUAAAUUUUAAUAGCAAUACCCCUAUACUGUGUUCUUCAGUGCUUUUGUAUAAAGGAGUAUAGAAUUAACUGAACUUCUUUAAAUUGCUGUUACUUACAGUACUAAGCAGCAUAGUAAAAGAGUGGCCUUUGUUCUGCCACCUUCUUCCUGGAGAGUUGCCCUCUUAAUUGUCUUCCUAUAUCAGCUAUUGUACCGUGUUAUUUUUGUCAUUUAAAAGAAAGCUUCUAAAAGCUAUAUAUAAAGCUAACAACAGAUCCUGAGUCACUGUCUAGUUAAUCUAUCUUUAUUAAGAUCUAAAUUACAAACUUUAUAACAGUGUUUUUUUCAGCAUAUUUAAGAACAAGCUAAAAAAUAAGAGACAGCGAAUUGGACAGUUAUGAGAAUUGUUGAUGUACAGCAAUGGUGCAAAUAACUGUUCUAGUUGUUAGAAUAUUGCCUAUGACCGCAGUCAGCACUGACUAAAAGUCAGAAUGCUAUUUUUCUUACCUAAAACAACAAAAAGAUAAUUUUAAAUAUAUUCCUAAUAAAGAGGUAUUUUUACCAUAAAGAGCUCUAUUGCUGUGUUUCCCUCUCUGUUCAUUCAGUCCCUGGAUAGUAUAGCUCCUUAUCUUCAAAGAAUAGCAUCCUGCAGGCUCAGUUCUGUCAGUAGGGUGACAUAUAUAAUUUGUAUUGCUAAUGGUUUUUCCUGUUGUGUUAAUUUUUAGUCUGUGAGCUAGUUCUACACCUUGAACAUCAGAUUUAUUAAGUUACAGCUUCAAUAAUGCAACUUACAAGUAAAUUAGGUAUUCUGUUACCUCUUCUAAACGGCGUAUUAUAUCAAAUUUGGGGGUAGUAACUCUCCAGAUGAGGUUGACCUAAGUUUAUCAAUUGAGUCACAUGGUAAACUUGAAGUUCUCAAUUUCUCUCAAACUUUCUGGAUGUUGCUUGUACUACUUUUAUUUCUGCCCCUAUCCUCUCCAAAGUGGAGAGCUUCAGAACUUGUUUAGUAGGCUUUAGGGUAUUUUGUGUAGGUAAAGCACUUUCUCUGAGAAGUUUUGCUGUGGCAAGUGUCUUAAUGUGAAUUAAUAUUUAUUAUAUUCUAUUUUAAAAUAUAAAGACAAACUUUGUAUUGUGGAAUGUUGAUGUACUAGACAUUAUGACUUGUAAUAUGGACUUGUAAAAAGCUUCCGUGUAUGAAAUGUAUUGCAUCUUAUGCAUCUCAGUGCCCCUUUUUUACUAGGUAAUUUUUAACUGAUAUGCAAGUAAAUAAUCUCUGAACAUCUGGAACAGGAGUUAUUCUACCUCCAGUACAAACUUUAAGACAGCAUAACUUCUGUUCCAGCUUCUGUUCUCAAGUUCUCCUGAGCAGCCCCCCCCUUUUUUUUUCUAUGUCUGUCUUAAAGUUUGUACUGGAGGUAGAAUAAGAUCUAAUAUUGUAAUUUUGUUUACCUGACUGCUUCUUGCACUCUAAAUACCGUAAGCAGUGCUUCCUGCUGAUUCAGUCAGCAGCACUGAAAUCAUAGUUCAUUAGUAAGUGGUUAUUCAGCCUGGAGUUGGAUCCUUUGUAUCAGAUUAAAUAUCAUAAUAUAUGUCUUCUCUUUAGGGGAGAACUCCAGCUGAAUCUACACCAGUGUUGUAGUUUGUGCAGUUCUGGAGUAAAUCCUUCUCUCAUCCCUACUUACCAUACAUUGGUUUGGCUCACAGAGCAGUUUUUGGUGUACUUGAGUUCAUUUCCUUUUGGAGAACUGGAAACUGCUCUGGGUGUGCACUAGAUGUGCUCCAGCUCUUAAUGACAACAUGGAUCCAUAGCAAUGUUUAGUCCUUCAGACAGCUUGAAAGCCACUGUAUGUUGAGGAUGGCUGGAAGACUGGACUAAAUCUAGCCUUCAACAAAUUUCAAAACUGCAUAUAGAGUAGGUGUGGAGUUUGAACAUCAACUGCUUUGUUCUGUGGAUUCACACCCAUUGUACUGAAUUACUUGCUGAUACAGACAUAGCUUCUGCCACAUUAAUUUACUGGAAAGACUGAAACUGUUCUUCCUCUGGUGCAACUGUAAAUUAGGUUUAGAUUAAACUUAGACUUUGUUCAUAAA